GGAUUGUCCUUUCGCUUCCUCAGCUCGCUGUUUAUCUCCCGCCGCUCGUUUCCGGUGCGUGGCCCAUCAUCAUCAUCAACAUGCAGAAGAGAAGGAAGCCAGAACCGAUCCAGCUGAACCCGAUUCCUGAUGGAAACGCUGUCAACGGAACCGGAGCCUCUGAGACAAACUUGGAGGCUCUGCAGAAGAAGCUGGAGGAGCUGGAGUUGGACGAGCAGCAGCGAAAACGUCUGGAGGCCUUUCUGACGCAGAAGCAGAAGGUGGGGGAGCUGAAGGACGACGAUUUCGAGAAGAUCUGUGAGCUCGGUGCGGGCAACGGAGGCGUCGUCUUCAAGGUCUCACAUCGACCCUCCGGUCUGAUUAUGGCGAGGAAGCUAAUCCACCUGGAGAUUAAACCAGCCAUCAGGAACCAGAUCAUCCGUGAGCUGCAGGUGCUACAUGAGUGUAACUCUCCAUACAUUGUGGGCUUCUAUGGUGCCUUCUACAGCGAUGGGGAAAUCAGCAUCUGCAUGGAGCAUAUGGAUGGAGGAUCUCUGGACCAGUCGCUGAAGAAAGCAGGAAAGAUCCCAGAGCAGAUUCUUGGCAAAGUCAGCAUUGCUGUCAUUAAAGGACUUUCCUACCUGCGGGAGAAGCACAAGAUCAUGCAUAGAGACGUCAAGCCCUCAAACAUCUUAGUGAACUCCCGCGGUGAGAUCAAGCUGUGUGACUUUGGAGUAAGCGGACAGCUCAUAGACUCCAUGGCCAACUCCUUUGUGGGCACUCGCUCUUACAUGUCGCCGGAGCGCCUACAGGGCACCCAUUACUCUGUUCAGUCAGACAUCUGGAGUAUGGGUUUGUCUCUAGUGGAAAUGGCCAUCGGACGCUUCCCUAUCCCCCCACCCAAUUCCAAGGAGUUAGAGCAGAUUUUUGGUUUCCCAGUGGAAGGAGAGGCAGCCUUCAGCGAGUCCUUCCCAAACCCGCAGCCACCUGGGCGACCUGGCAGCUCGUAUGGCUCAGACAGCAGACCCCCAAUGGCCAUUUUUGAGCUACUUGAUUACAUCGUCAAUGAGCCUCCACCAAAACUCCCUGGGAUAUUCAGCUCAGAAUUCCAAGACUUCGUUAAUAAAUGCUUGAUUAAGAAUCCUGCAGAGAGGGCAGAUUUGAAGCAGUUGAUGGUGCAUCCUUUCAUCAAAACGUCAGAAGCAGAGGAGGUGGACUUUGCUGGCUGGCUGUGCAGCACCAUUGGACUCAGUCAGCCUGCGACGCCCACCCAUGGGACAGCAAUGUGAGACCUGCUCUCACUGACAACAAAGCCAUAAAUACA